CCACGUCCAAGUAAAAUCUAGACACCUCUCGAAAUUACCUGCCACCUAAAUCUGCUUUACAAGAACCCAGUCUCUUGCUUUUUAUCCAAUAUUAUACCAAACCAGUGAACCACACACAUCCGGCAUCCCCAAGAAUCAAUCAUGCAGUCGAGAUUAGCAGUCUCUAAGCUCAACCGGAUAUUAAUGCCAACACCCAAAUCCAAAUAUCAAACAAUCCACCCACGACUCUUCUCCUCUUCCUCCUCCUCUGGUAAGAACAUGGAGGAUGCCAUGACACAAGGAGUUGACACGGAAGGUGAAACCGGAGAUGCCAAACCAGAUAAUCAUGAUGACAAUAUUAUUCCAACCAGAGAAGACCAUCGUUACAUGCGUCCUAAGACAGUGCCACCAAAUUUGUCAGCCUCAAAGCUAGAAACUCCGGGGGUGAACACGCCGUUUGAUCCUCACGUCCAGCAAAAGCGCACCAAGGCGGAGCUCAGCUUCGGCUGCGCGGGACUAGAUGGUUCACCAUGGCCGAAUGAGAAUGAUCACAAAGGUACUGAAAGGAAGGAACAAGAGCAAGAGAAGGAUGAUAAACACUACUUUGAGCACCACAAGGCUUCUCCCUUGUCGGAAAUUGAGAUAGCUGAUUCCAGGAAACCUCUUACUAGGGUCAUUCAUGGGACGGGGACGGCGGGUGGUUAUUUUGGUGAUGAGCAGGUGAUGACGUGGACACCGGAGCAACUUGAUACUGCGGAGCAGUCUCUACUAAGAGCCUCACAGAUAUUUCGAGAAUCAGCUGCCAGAGGAAUUCCGGAACUGCCUCAUUCAAGGAGACUCAGACAGCUUCGUGGCGAGGAUAUAUAAUUACUUUUUCAGUCAUAUCGAGUAUAUAUUGUAUGAUAUAUGCUUAUGGUGUUAAGGAUUACGUUCAAUGUUAAUAUAUACCAACGUGUGCGCGUGCGCCGAAUAUUGGUCUUAACAAUCGCUGCACUGCAUAGAAUUUUGUCCA